GGCUGUGUAAACUCAGGAUUUGAGACUUGAACCACGAUUAGGGCCAUGAUUUUUGGUCGUUUUUUUGGAGGGGGCACUUAGCUUUUACCGUUAUUUCCAGCAUGAUCCACUAGGUUUGCUGCAGGUUUAAAAAAAAUCCUAGGAAAUAUUUUACAGAAAUCCAUUGCUUAUUUUUAUUUAGAAGAAGAAAACAUUCAUUCCCACAAAAAAAUUAAAAGAUGUAAGUGAAUUUAUGUCCAUCAUCCCCCGAUUCAGAAUAUAUCAUUUUCAUAGUCAUGGCAUGCGUUGUGUAAGCAUAAUAUAUCAUUUGUAUUAUAAAAAAUACAGAUACAGAAUAUGCCUUCUUCAUAGUCAUGGAAUGCUUGGUUCAAUAGCUAUCGAUGAGAAAACGGAAUAUCCACGGAAUAUCUGAUAUAAAACUAAUUUUACCUCUGUGGCCUACCGGACCUUUUAGAAUAGAGAUACACACAUUUUCUUAUCAGGGAGAAAAGGAACAUAAUCACGUCUGUGCCAUGACCUGUCUGUAAACUAUUGGAGUUAUAAACAGGUCCCAAUACAGACCUGUAUGAUUAGGCAUUUGAACAUUUUGCACCUGGAACUAAUCACAACUAUGUAUUUCCCACCAAAACUAAAUUGUGUGGUUUGAUUAACCCUCCAUCUCCAAAAAUGCAUUGCUGACAGGCCUACAUAAAUGUACUGUAAGAUAAUGUUGCUGAUAGUGAGACUAUCGGGUGAUGUCUAAUGAAACAUAUUGAACCCACAGAAAGACUUAUGUUGCACACAGUGUCUAGGCCUACUUUGUAAAAAAGUCUACCAAGUGUUUUGCUUGCCUAGAGGCCUAACACUACUGUUAGAACAUGAGCUAUUUUAGGCUCCGUCAUGCAAUUGGUUGAAUUCAAUACAGGGUUGGGUUGCCUCUUCUCUGGACAUUAUCAGCGCAGCAGACAAACUUUACCAGCUGCCUAGGAGCAAGAGGGCCCCAAUGUAUGAGAGAAGUUUGAGUAAAAUAUAGUGUGUAAUCUUUUUUGACCAUUAUCAUUACUUUACCCGUGGAGGAAGAUAUAGGGUACAUUUGAGACCAUAAUAAGUGAGAAGUCCAUACAGGGCGUCAAAGGUUUGCCCGCUGCGUGCGACACAGGAAUAAUGGACAUCGCAACCACUGCAGAUGCAGCCACUGCCAAACCUGAACCCACUGCUAUGGAGGAGUCAGAUCCGCAAGAGGCGCAAGAGCCCCGCACAUCGGAGAAGAUUGACUUGUCACUAGAUGACAUCAUCAAACUGAACAAAAAAGAGAACAAGGCCAAUAAGGCUGCCAACAAGGCUCGGGACCGACGCACCACAAGCAAAAACACUGUCCUCAAGAAACUGGACAGGGCAGGACAACAGCAGACAUUUCCUUUCAGACGUGGUCCUUAUCAAUUCCAGCAAGGACCCUACAAAUCGCGUUACAUGGGACCCCCCAUUCCUGGCUAUUACAGAGUAAAGCCAUAUCUCAGAAAGACUCCUUUUGGAGCACAUCACCUCAAAGGUGUGAGCCCUUUAAAAAGACCUCCUUUGAACACAAAGGAAGGAGCACAGUUCGGAAAACGUAAACCGUUGUUCAAGGGUGCGUUUUAUCAACCAUACAGAGGUCCCCCAGGGGCUUUGAGAAGGCCUCCUCCCCAAUUCAGAGGGCAGAAGAAGCCACCAUUCCAGCCCAAACAGAGACAGGGCGGUGUGAAGCCAUUCAUCCUAAACAGAGGGUUUCCUGCAGCAAAUGGAAAAAUUGAUAAGUACCAAAAGGUUAGAAGCUGGAAAAAGGCGCCCUCCGGUGUUUCUACCUUGACGGUGUCACUUCCCAACUCCAAAGCCAACUCAGAGCCCGCGGCCAAGGCUAAGCAGGCCACAGUGCUGGACCGAUCCAGUCCAUCAGGGGUGUCCCCCCAGCCCAAAGGCAUCCCUCUCAGAUUUAACUUCAAGGCCACUAUAAAUCAGACGGGAGUGACCCUCAAUGACCGCUUCACUGGUAUGAGGAUCUGGGCAGGCCUAGGACAGGGUCCACAGAGGGGCAGUGACAGGGGAAGAGGCAGAGGCCGGACUGUCAUCCUACAGUGAUCAUUGUUGAGGACCUGUGCUGUCUGUAGCCUAUAUAAAAACCAUCUCAUUAAUCCCCCUGUUAACCCUUCCAAUAUGCUCACAUUUUGAAGACACUUUAUAUUGAUAUUUAUUUUAGUAUGUAUGGCACGCAUUUAGUUACUUCUGGUUUCCAAAAUGUUUGGACCUCGGAAAAAGUCUAGACAUUCAAUGAAUUAAAUGACAAGUGAUAAAGAGCUGAAGUGACAGGCUACACAGAUUUAUAUACUCUUCAUAUAGACGGUAGAAACACAUUUAUUUUGGGAACCAUCAUGUGAAGUUAGGACAGUGAUCUCAGCCUGUUACCCAAAGUAUUUUUAGCUCUUGUUAAUGGGGUUGGCAUGUACAGUGCCUUCGGAAAGUAUUCAGACCCCUUGACUUUUCCCACAUUUUGUUAGGUUAUACAGCCUUAUUCUAAAAUUGAUAACAAACAAAACAAUCCUCAUUGAUCUACACACAAUAUCCCAUAAUGACAAAGCAAAAACUGUUUAGAAUUGUUUGCUAAUUUAUAAAAAAAAAUAAAAAAUGGAAAUAUCAUUUACAUAAGUAUUCCGAACUUUUCUCAGUACUUUGUUGAAGCACCUUUGGCAGCGAUUACAGCCUCGAGUCUUCUUGGGUAUGACACUACAAGCUUGGCACACAUGUAUUUGGGGAGUUUAUCACCAUUCUUCUCUGAAGAUCCUCUCAAACUCUGUCAGGUUGGAUGGAGUGUGUUGUUGCACAGCUAUUUUCAGGUCUCUCCAGACAUGUUCGAUCGGAUUCAAGUCCGGGCUCUGGCUGGGCCACUCAAGGACAUUCAGAGACUUGUCCCGAAGCCACACCUGCAUUGUCCUGGCUGUGUGCCAAGGGUCAUUGUCCUGUUGGAAGGUCAACCUCACCCCAGUCUGAGGUCCUGAGCACUCUGUAGCAGGUUUUCAUCAAGGAUCUCGCUGUACUUUGCUCCGUUGAUCUUUGCCUCAAUCCUGACUAGUCUCCCAGUCCCUGCUGCUGAAAAUCAUCUCAACAGCAUGAUACUGCCACCACCAUGCUUCACCGUAAGGAUGGUGCCAGGUUUCCUUCAGAUGUGACACUUGGCAAUCAGGUCAAAUAGUUCAAUAUUGGUUUCACCAGACCCGAGAAUCUUGUUUCUCAUGGUCUGAGAGUCUUUAGGUGCCUUUUGGCAAACUCCAAGCGGGCUGUCGUGUGCCUUUUACUGAGGAGUGGCUUCCAUCUGGCCACUCUACCAUAAAAGCCUAAUUGGUGGAGCGCUGCAGAGAUGGUUGUUCUUCUGGAAGGUUUUCCCAUCUCCACAGAGGAACUCUAGAGCUCUGUCAGAGUGACCAUCGGGUCUUGGUUACCUCCCUGACCAAGUCGUUUCUCCCCUGAUUGCUCAGUUUGUUCAGGAAGCCAGCUCUAGGAAGAGUCUUGGAGGUUCCAAACUUAUUCCAUUUAAGAAUGAUGGAGGCCACUGUCUUCUUGUGGAUCUUCAAUGCUGGUACCCUGUGACUCGGCACAAUCCUGUCUCUGAGCUCUACCGACAAUUCCUUCGACCUCAUGGCUUGGUUUUUGCUCUGACAUACACUGUCAACUGUGGGACCUUAUAUAGACAGGUGUGUGCCUUUCCAAAUCAUGUCCAAUCAAUUGAAUUUACCACAGGUGAACUCCAAUUAACUUGCAGAAACAUCUCAAGGAUGAUCAAUGGAAACAGGAUGCACCUCAUCUAAAUUUCAAGUCUCAUAACAAAGGGUCUGAAUACUUAUGUAAAUAAGGUAUUUCUUAUUUUUUAAAUAUAUUUUCAAAGAUUUCUAAAAACCUGUUUUCGCUUUGUCCUUAUGGGGUAUUGUGUGUAGAUUGCUGAGGAAUUGUUUUUAUUUAAUCCAUUUUAGAAUAAGGCUGUAAUGUAACAAAAUGAGGAAAAAGUCAAGGGGUUUGAAUACUUACCGAAGGCACUGUAUACGGAGGCCAUUUUACAUUAUGUUUACAGCAGUGCCUCUGGAAAUGUACUGAUAAAAUGUCAAACAUUAAUUUGAAUGAGACUAUGCAGUUGUAUGAAAUCAUGAGCAACUUGUGUAUUUCGAUUUCCUUGAUUACUCACUAUCGUUCAGUUGGUCACAUGAGUUGUAAAUUCACUUCGAAAUAUAGCAAUUUAUUUAAAAACUUAA